AUGAAUUUUCGUAGUAAUUUUCUUAAAACUUCUACUCGAUUUCUUUGUAUAAAAAAUGAAAUACCUGAAUUUUUCAAAAACGAUUCAAACAAAUUAACUAAUCCAAUAAACAAUUAUGAUAUCACUAAUGAGAAAAAAGAAUAUAAUAAAUAUACAUUAAUUAAUAAUAUUCACUAUAUAAAAGAAUUAGAUUUCUUUAACAGACUUAUAAAAAUAUAUGUUGAUAUUAUUUUUAAUUUUUCAAAAUAUCCUUUACAUGUUCAGUGCUUACAUAUUUUUUGUAAAAAUAUAUUAAAAGAAAAGAUUCAGAAUGUUAAAAAAAGUAAAGAACACAAAAAACUUUUAUUUAAUAGUGAUGAAUUAAAUUUUGAAAACUUAAAUGAGUAUUUAGUUAAUUUAAAUGAUAUAUCAAUGAAAAAAAAAAAAAAUGAUCAAUACUUAAAUGAUGCAUUUGAAAAAGUUAAAAAGUUUUACUAUUGUAAAAAUGUAUUAUAUGCAUUAUUUACAUUGGAAUAUAACAAAAUAAUAUUUAAUUAUACUGAAAACUUAUUAAUAAAAGAUUUGCAAAAUUGUUUCAUUAACUCAACUUUAAAUAAUAGUAAAUAUAUUUAUAGAUUUAUAAAAAAGUAUGGUCAGGAUAAUAUAUAUAUUUAUAUCAUAGAAUAUUCAGAUAAUUUAAAUAUUUUAAAAAAAAGAUAUGAUUUUAUUAAAAAUAUAUUUUUAAAUAAUAUUCAAAAUAAAUUAUGA